UUGAAUCGAUGGCGCCACAAAACUCGAGCGCGAACAGAAGCCAAGAAUGGAGUGGAGCUCAAAGGCAGAACACUGAAAUAGCCGAAGGAUUCUAGUCUCAAAGCGCAAAUGAGCUCCAAAGAUUCUGCAUUCCAAGUGUUCGGGCAGCGUUCGAUCAAGUCGUCGGCCCUCUUUCGAUCUUCGAACCCAGGCAAGGACGCCAAGGAGGAUGCGAACAGAGACCGGAAAGCGGGCCCGACGCGCAUCUCUCUGUCCGAGUUUCUCGAUCAGAAACUGCGAAGGACCUCUGCUUCGCCGGGCAUGAUUCGGGGCAAGGCAAAGCCGUUUUCGACGCUCCUAGGCACUAGAGAUGCGAAUGAGUUGGGCAAUUCACGAGACUGCAAAGAGAAAGCGUUGGUAGAAAAGAAGUGCAGUGUCGAUAAAGCCGUCUUUGAGCAGUUCAAGCUUACUUGUAAAGAAAGUGGAGAAGAUCGUAAUGUUGCAACCGGCUCCGAUAAGGUCGGAGACUUUGUAGAAGUUGUUGAAGGGAGGGAGUCCAGAAAGAGAAGGAACCCUUUCGAAGGCGGAAUUGUUGCUCCUCUGAAGCGUGUUGUAGUUCUGGGACAAGCUCCAAGUCCCGAGCAGCAAAGGAAGGCAGAGAGUAUUAGCCGGAACGAGAAAAGAAGGCCUCUCUAUAACCACUAUGCAAAUGGUGGAGGCUUUUGGGACAGUGGAAUGGAGGGCUUUGAGAGCGAGGAGGUGGGGCAGAGCGAAGUGUGGGAAGGGGUGGGAUCUACCACAAUAGGUGGCAUAGAUUGGCACUGAACUGAAAGCUGUUGAUUAUGUUUUUGAUCUUGUUAAUCUGCAAUGCCUUCAGUUCUCUCUCUCUUCUUCUUUUUUUGGGUCGUGAUGUGACCUUCAUUAGCAUGUCAAGCAUGCUUGAGUCCUUAUUUGGUUAAUGCAGAUUAAUAUAAUGUGUUGGAAAA